GUUGCAUCUCUCUCUCUCUCUCUCUCUCCCUCUGAGAAACAGAGGGAGGCCUCUCGAUAGAACAGUUCAACCCGGUGCCAGAAUCUCAUCGCGGUUUCAAGUAUCAAGUUUGUGUUUUGUGUCACGUCCUUUUGGACUGCGAGCUUUUCACGAGCCGGAGUCGUACACGGGUUAUUUGGCAGCAAUGUCAACAGAAAUGAAGUGCAGCUAGCUUAGCAGAAUCAGUUGUGCUGCCCAUCCAGCUUGCAAGUCCAGUCAAGGGAAAGUUCCGACCUUCCACUGUGGUUAUUCCCUGGGUGACAAUGGAACCAUCAGGAGGCUGUCUAUCCGGUCCGAGCAACCAUAAUUUGAAUCCAGCAGGUGAUUGGGGUCACUGGGAGGUCAGUGACAAGGUCAGGCUGUGUCGCUUCCUGUGCUAUGGCUCUGAGGGAGACGUAUACACGGCCGCAGAAGAUUCUCAUCUGGACAUGGCGCAAGCAGGAGCCCUGCUUUCCAUGCUUCAGGAUGGCCGAGGUAUUGAAACUGUGAACGAAAUCAGAAGGUUUGCUCAAGACGGACGAAGUGUCACACUUGACCCCUCCAUUUUUGCGUUGGCGCUGUGCUCCCAGCACUCUGAAGUGACGACAAAACGUGCGGCGUUUAAAGCUGUGAAGGACGUUUGUCGGGAUCCCGCCCAUCUAUUUUCUUUUAUCCAAUAUAAGAAAGAAUUGAAGCAGGACAUGAAGUGUGGAAUUUGGGGCCGUGCGCUGAGGAAAGCCGUGUCUGACUGGUACAACGGGCAGGAUGCCCUGAGCCUAGCUGCGGUUGUGACCAGAUGUAAACAGAGGGGGGGAUGGUCACACCAGGAUAUACUCAGGCUAUCUCACACCAAACCAGCUGAUGAAGCCAUUGCCUUGAUCAGCAAAUAUGUUGCAAAAGGAUGGAAAGAGGUCCAAGUUGCCUAUGGUGAUAAAAAGAACACUGAGGAGGUUGUCAAAGUGCUUUCAUAUCUUGAAGUGGUGGAGAAGGUCAAGCACAGUUGUGAUGAAACAGAGGUCAUCAAUUUGAUUGAGGAGCACAAGUUGGAGAGGGAGCAGCUUCUUACUGACCACCUCAAGUCCAAAUUAGUUUGGAGGGUGCUGCUGAAGGAAAUGGCAAUUCAAUCAGUUCUCCCGAUCCUAGGAAAGAUGACAGCCAAAAAGGUGCUUGAGCCUGGGGGGGCGGAAACCCAAGCACUGUGUGCGAGAAUCCAGACUGAGGCAGCAUUAAAGAACGAAGAGAUGCACCCUUUCAGCAUACUUUUGGCUUCUGAACACUACAAAAGAGGUCAAGGCUAUCAGGGUAAAACAAAAUGGGCAGCAGACAGCCACAUCCUCAAAGCCCUGGACGUUGCCUUUUAUACGAGUUUCUUGAAUGUGGACCCAGUCGGUAAAAGCUUUGUGGUGGCUGUGGAUGUGAGCACAUCGCUGAGCAGUGUUGUACCUGGGACAUCAAUCAGCACGGCAGUCGCUGCUGCAGUAAUUACUAUGGUGUUUGCGAGAACAGAGAUAGGCACCCAUGUACUGGCCUACUCCGAAGGCGCUUUGGAGCUAUGCUGUGUAUCUGCUGACAUGACUCUGGCACAAACAACCGAUGAACUCGUAAAGAUCCCCGGAGGAAGCACAGACUGCACUCUACCCAUCACUUGGGCCAUAGAGAAUGGGAAAGCUGUAGAUGUGUUCAUCAUUCUAACCAACAACCCAAUGUGGACUUUCACUGCCAGCCCAGUGCUAACACUAAGGAAACACAGACAGAAAUCAGGAUGCAAUUCCAAGUUGGUGAUGUGUGGGCUGACAUCCGUAGGACACACAAUCGCUGACACAGAGGACAGAGGUCUACUGAGUAUCUGCGGUUUUGACCUCGGAGCCUUUAGCGUCAUUCGUAACUUGGCACAGGAUCUAUUGUGAAAGUGUUCAGUCUCUCGCUGGGAUCAUUUGACUGAAACAUGAAGGAGCACAGUCAACAAACAUGGUUCAUGUACAAUAUAGAGUGCUCCUUAAAAAGCAGCAAUCCAAAAGUCAUCGUUUCUCUUUUGUAUUUUGUUGCUGACAAUGCGUCCAGCAGGCUGGACAGUCUCGAAUUCUAAUGUGCGUAUAUCUUUGUCACUUGAAAAGGCAAUUGUGACAUUGGUUGCAGAUUUGACGCUCCAACACCAAUCUCUUCAUUUGCCGCGUCUAUGCUGUGAUACUCGAGGGCCGUCAACAUCAAGACUGAUGACGUUGCGAGCGUCUGCUGCUGGUGAAAACAACCUCACGUAAUGCAAUAGCUUUUGAUUGGCUAUUAGUAGCAUCCUUUGUACUGAUUGCACAAUGUUUCUUUCCAUGGACUCCAUCAUCGGAAAUUGUAUUUUAUUUGAUUUCGAGGAGUUAUAGAUCAGUUACAGGUUUCUUUUAUUGGAAAGAAAAAGCUCCAAAAUUAAUUUCUUAGAUUUGUGUUCUGUCUCCCCCCCCCCCCCCAGAAAACUCAGAGAGUAUUUAUUUUACAAGGUUAAAAGGUACUUUGGCUGUAGAUUCAAUAAAAUUGCUGUUGGUAGAAUGAAAAGGGACCUGUUAACACAAUGUCAAAUGGACUGUAAAUGUCCCCCUCUUGUCAAAUAUUUGCCAUACAAGCAUUGGUGCUCUGAAUCGCAGUGAUGCAUUUUGAAGUGUUUUCUUGUGUAAUGUUUGUGUGUGACUAUGAAUCUGGAUCUGUUUACUGUGUUGGAGCUAGCCUGAAUUAUAUGCAUCACAGUUGUGGUUUUACUCUAAUUUAUCCAGGAAAAGCGAAUGGUAGUUAUUUAACAUUUUAUCUAUGCUGAAUCUGUUUCAUGUUUGUAAGAGGGAAUAACUAACAAGAAUAUAUUUUAAAAACCUUGAUGUACUUUAAUAAAUGAGUUAACUGUACUAAAGUGAGUAUUAGGCAUACUUUUCUGUAAUACAGAACAAACGUGUUGUUUUUGGUUAAGUAAACGGCAUUGACUUUAUAGUCUACAACAUUUGCUUUUUUCACCUCUGUUUUGGUGAUAAUAAACAUCUGGCCAAGUUACUGUAAAGGAUUUCAUCCAACACUCACUUUGAGCCAUUGUGUUAAAUGAUGACUUAAUGACAAUUGCUAUAAAACAUUUUAAUUGUGGUUUUUAUGUCAAUCCAAACUUUGAAGGUGAGGGUCUAAAACAACAACUAGCAAAUGUGUGAUUAAAUAAGAACAUUUUCCCAAUGCUUUUAGUACACAUUCUAAUAGUAUUUAACGGGUGCCAAUGUAAAAACCUAAUAAAUAUUUGUAUUCUAA